AUGAAACUCACGCCUCAGCUAAUAUCGCAAGCGCCUGUUUAUGUCAAUCCAGAAAAGCGUCUCACGCUCAAUCUUCGUGACCAGCAAGCGCUCUUUAUUGAAAAUCUAGACACCACCAACAACACCUACAAUGUGAUUGAUCUAACCAACAACGAUAUCAUAGAGCUCAGUGGGAUCCCCGAAAACCUUGAUAAACUAGAAACCCUUCUUCUAGCAAAUAACAACAUCUCGCGUGUGAAGGAGGUGCACAAUGAGCACGUCAGGUCACUUUCGCUAGUCAACAACAACGUGACGAGCUUGAGUCAGUUGGAGCCUCUUCGGCACUGGAAGUUGGAGCAUCUCGUGCUUCUAGGUAAUAAGGUUGUGCAAGAACACAAUUACCGGCUUUUCGUGGUGUGGCUCGUGCCCACGUUAAAAGUGCUAGACGGAGAGAAAGUCAAGGCAAGCGAACGAGCCGAGGCGGUUGAACUCUUUGGGGAAAGUUAUGAAAAGGCCACCCCAGUCCUCGACGCUAUAUUGAGUUCUGGCGCCAAGAAGCCCGUGGAAACCAAAUCCAAGCAGGAACGGUUGGCAGAGAAUACCGUCAAGAAGCUCAGCGACGAAGAAAAAGCCGAUCUUCUUCGACAACUAGAAGAAGCAGAAAGCAUAGAGGAGGUGGAACGGAUCUCUGCGGUGCUCAAGGGUUGA